UUUGGCCCCAGGUUUAGCGGCCCCAAAUGCAAGGUUUUGCCCCACUCAAAGAUCUUUGGGCCCCCAACUUAGCGAUGCCAAUUGCUUUUUAUGGCCCCAGUCCAAUUAUGCAUAAAGGCCUGCACCCCCCCAGUUUCGAUAACCCCCCGUUUCAUAACUACUAAUAAACUUAUACAGUUAUUAAAUUAAAAAUGGAUAUUUUGUCGGACCUUGAUGAUCUUUUAUGCGAUUCUUUACUUAAUUGUCACAGGAUGUCAAUUCAAGCCACAGACAGAAUUGUUCUUAGAUUGGAAAUCCUUUCUGAUGCUUUUGAAGAUUAUGUUAUUGAGGUUUCUCAUAGUGCCACUGCCACUCCCACUUAUAUAUCUUUAUGUGUUGAACUCCAAAUUGUCAUAGCAUAUCUGCUUGUAUUGUGGCAAACAGAGUUGUUAAGAAUUAGCAGCAGUGACAGACCAGGGCCUGGCAGACCUAGAGUUUAUUUGAAUCCAGAAAUGAUAGAGUUUUUUAGAGAUAAUGGAUACAGUUGGCAACAAUGUGCAAAUAUGCUAAUGAUAUCUAGGACGACACUUUGGCGUCGAGUUCAAGAGCUUGGUAUACCCACACUUAGAUCUAGCUCUGCUCUAAUAUCAGAUGCUGAAUUGGAUGCAGUUGUACAGAUGAUUUAUAAACAAUCACCAAAUAAUGGAGUUAUAAUGGUGUGGGGUCAGUUAAAAAGUCAGCAUAUUCAAGUAUCCAGAAGACGAGUACGUGAUAGUUUGAUGAGAGUUUGCCCAGAAGCUGUAAGGAAUCGUGCAUCCCGAGCUAUAUCCCGAAGAAUUUAUAAUGUACAUUGUUCAAAUGCUCUCUGGCACAUUGAUGGUCUCCAUUGCCUUAUUCGCUGGAGGAUAGUAAUACAUGGAUCUAUUGAUGGGUACUCGAGAAAAAUCACAUAUCUCCAUGCAUCUGAUAAUAAUAGAGCCAGUACAGUACUAGCUCUUUUUCUGGAAGCAACUGACAAUGAUGGCUGGCCAUCAAGAGUCAGGUCAGAUAAAGGUGGGGAAAAUAUUGAUGUUGCCAGAGCCAUGUUGACUGUACGAGGAGUGGGUAGGCAUAGCCAUAUUGCUGGAACUAGCGUCCAUAAUCAAAGAAUAGAGCGCCUUUGGCGUGAUACCUUUAGGUGUGUGUGCCACAGCUUUUAUGCUUUAUUUUAUGAUAUGGAAGAUAUGCUAAUAUUAUCUCCAACAGAUGAACUACAACUAUAUGCACUACAUUAUGUAUUUUUACCAAGAAUUAAUAGGCUUCUGAAAGAAUUUAAAAAUACCUGGAAUAAUCAUCAUUUGCGUUCUGAACAUGGUUUGUCACCUAAUCAGCUUUGGCUACAGGGUCUAUCUGAAUGUAACUUUGACUGUGAUGUAGAAACAGAUUUUGGCACCCAAGAUGGACAACCUAAUCCAUUUGAUAUGGGCAGAGUUGAAAUUCCUCACACCACAGUCAAUUUAACAAGUACUGAAGAACAAGCACUAAGAGACCAGAUAAACCCUUUAUCUCAUUCAGAACUCAGUGGACUUGACCAUUACCUUAAUGCAUAUGAAUAUCUGAAGAAUUUAUAACAAAAAAUGACAAAGUAA